CACAGCCCCGCGCUGCCAAAGGACGCGGCCGCCUCCGGCCCACAGUGCACCGCGGCGCCAAGAUGGCGGCGCCCAGUGAGGGCCGGCCUGGCCGCGGCGCCUCGACGUUCCCCGGCACUGAAGGCGGCCCUUUUGCUUUUCAUUUCACUGUCCCUCCCGGGGCUGCCGGCUCCGGAGCGGAGGAGCAACCUAAGAAGCCUUGCAGGGCCUGUACGGAUUUCAAGAGCUGGCUCCGCGAGCAGAGGAAGCAGGCGACGGCGAGCGGCGUGGCAGCGGUGGAGGAGAAGGAGCCGCCCCCCAACUGCCCCCUGGACAGCGAGCAGCUGGGCCGCAGCACCUGGGCCUUCCUGCACACCAUGGCGGCCUACUACCCUGAGCGCCCCUCGGGCACCCAGCAGCAGGAGAUGAGGGACUUCAUCCACCUCUUCUCCAAGUUCUACCCGUGUGAGCACUGCGCUGAGGAUCUGAGGGAAAGAUUGCGAACAAAUCAGCCUGAUACUAGCAACAGAAAUAACUUCUCCCAGUGGUUAUGCGUUCUUCACAAUGAAGUGAACAGGAAACUGGGCAAAUCUGAAUUUGACUGCUCUCGUGUGGAUGAGCGCUGGCGAGAUGGUUGGAAAGAUGGUAGUUGUGAUUAAUUCAUAGGGGUCUGCUUUGGAAAUCCAACAGAUUCUCUCUGGUGUUGAGUCACAUGUAGAGAUGGGCAAGUAAAUAUGUGUGAGCGUGUGUGUGCAUGGCUGAGAUAACUUGUGGAAAUAAAGGUGGAACCAAUUCUGAAAGCCAA